GAGCUACUUCCAUGUGGGCUUCCUGCUGUGGGUUGCUGAAUGAAGUCAUGGGUACUGGAGCUGUUCGUGGUCAACAGGCUGGCUUUGGGGGAGGUACUGGCCCAUUCAGAUUUGCACCAAAUACAGACUUCUCGGCAUAUCCAUCUCCAGCUGCGGGAGGAGCUAACAUAGUUUGCAAAGCCUGUGGACUUUCCUUUUCGGUUUUUAGGAAAAAACAUGUGUGUUGUGACUGCAAGAAGGAUUUUUGCUCCGUUUGUUCAGUCUUACAAGAAAAUCUCAGAAGAUGCUCUACUUGUCACUUAUUACAAGAAACAGCGUUUCAGCGACCUCAGUUAAUGAGAUUGAAAGUAAAGGAUUUGCGUCAGUAUCUGAUUCUCAGAAACAUUCCAACAGAUACUUGUAGGGAGAAAGAAGACUUGGUGGAUCUUGUGCUGUGCCAUCAUGGAUUAGGUUCUGAGGAGGAUACGGACGCUGGUAGCUUGCAUUCUUCACGGUCACAGACUUCCACUUUUUUUACUCAUCCAUUUUCUAUGUCUGUAUCAGUGUCUUCUCAAGGAGAACUUGCAAACAGAAGAGGAAGCACAGGAAAUGGAACACCUUUACGGGGACAAACUGAAACAUCUUUGGUAAAUAAUGAAGAGGAAGAAGAAAGCGCAGAAGAGCAGACCCCUGGAUUGUCCAGAAAGCGAGUGAGGGCAUCUUUGUCUGAUAUUUCAAGUCUGGAAGACGUUGAAGGGUUGAGUGUUCGGCAGCUGAAGGAAAUACUUGCAUGUAAUUUUGUCAACUAUUCAGGAUGCUGUGAAAAAUGGGAACUCGUGGAAAAAGUGAGCAGACUAUACAGAGAGAGCGAGGAAAACCACAAGACGCAGGGAGAGAAGAUGCAGCUGAAUGACAACGAUGAUAACCUGUGUCGGAUCUGCAUGGACGCGGUGAUUGACUGCGUCCUGCUGGAAUGUGGUCACAUGGUCACUUGCACAAAGUGUGGCAAAAGAAUGAGCGAGUGCCCCAUCUGUCGACAGUAUGUUGUACGAGCAGUGCAUGUAUUUAAAUCUUAAAUGAAGACCAAAAAUUGAUUUUUAUAGUCGCCCUUUGACUUCGAGGAUUUCUGUGAGCAAGAGUACUGAAGCUUGGGACACAUGGCAGAUUUUAGUUCUCAGACUAAACCAUAAUAAAUAUUUUGAACAUUAGGAUAGCGAAGUUUGUGAAGCGCUUUUCUACAGUGUACCUAAUCUGACAGUGGGGCAGUAUGAUGCCUGUGUGUACAGUAAUAGAGCUGUCUGACUUACUUACCUUAUAAAACCACAAACUGUUCAAGUCAAACUGUUUACAGCAGACCUAGAAUCACUUCUUGCUCUCUUCUGAAGAAUAUCACCCUUAAUUAUUGCAUUAAGUGUUCAAGAAGUGGUCAGGAAAACACCUUUACUUGACCAUAUUGUUAGACUAUUACACUGUCUAGUGCAUUAGAAGCAAUGAAUUUAUCAGUUGACUAUUCAGCUUUUAUGUAACUAAAUAUAGAAUGUAACUGUUCUGACACUGUUCCUGCAACAGUGUUAACAGCCUAUAAAAUAAGAUUGUAGAAAGCACUGCCAUUAACUGUACCUGCACAGAAGUUCUUAGGCAAUCUAUUUUUUGCUGAUUGCUUCAUUCAAAAUGUCUGUCAUUACCUGUGUAUUGUCUUGGCCAUUCUUUGUAAAUGUGCAACAAGCAUAGUCAUUUUACAGGGCUCUAUCAUGUGGUGUAUGAAUACCACUUACUUUUUUUUUUAAGUGUUUUUUUUUUUGAAUGGGUAUAUUAAAACACAUGCUUGUGGUCCUUAAUCCAUUCAUGCCUAUUAUAACUGUAUUAAGAUUACAUGUGAUGAUUGUACUUCAUGUGCUGACAGCCUGAUGUUGCUGUGAAUACUAAUCAGGGUCAUGAAACCACUUGCUGCUAAUGUUUGGAAUGUAUGGUAUUACUAACCUUAAACAAGUAGGGUUUUUUAAUUAAGGAUAAGGGAGAAGAAACAUGGUAUUUGUUGAAAUAAAUUUGUUUUAACCAAGGCUGGGCCACUAUUAAACAAGCUUCUAGUUAAGUUGCGGAGUGACCUGUGUGUAAUCCUGUGUUGGUCCAGUUUCUAGCUGGAUUUCUUACCAGCAGUAGGGCACGUAUCCUCUUGAAGCAAACAUCUCAAGUCUGUGAAAGGUUCUCCCUCUUUACCAAGCUGUUAGGUGUAGUGUGUGUGUGUGUGUGGGGGGGGUGUCUUGAUGCAGUUUCUUUCCAGAGGCUGGGUAUUGUGCCCUACGGUAGGCACUUGGCUCUGGCUGUGCAUAGCAGGCCAGGAGCUGCCUGGUCUCUGCCCCUGGAGUAGGAUGGGGCAGAGACCCCCUGCUGCAGCGUGGGUCCCUGCUUAGCAGCUGGUGAGGGUAGUUGCAGAAAGGAAGCUUCUGCUUGAAAGAGUUCCAGGGGUAGCUAAGUAACCAAGGCAAGUGCAGCUACUUUAGCUAGAACUGAAAGAAAUGCAGUUUAUUGGCAAAGUAAUGGAAAGAGGGAAGAGAAAUGUUGCACAGUCUCUAGUACCUGAGAAUGCUUACCUCUGCUCUACUACAUGUCCUUCCUGCUCUUUUCCUUUGUGUGGAAAAUUAAGCUGGCUCCUAGGCUUAAAAAAAAAAAAAA